UAAAAUGAAAAAAUUUUAUACAAAAUUUGCCAAUCCACAAAAUUGGCGUAUGAGUGUAUCGAAUGCAAUAUUUAAACGAAACAAUACAAACGAUAAAACUGAAGAUGACGACGCAUCAUCAACAACAUCUUCUACAUCCUCGGACGAUAAUAACGAAGACGAUUCUUCAACCGAAAGUCAUCAACAUGGUGUAUUAAAUUUACAAAAUGAUUUAUCAUCCAAAAAUGAUGGACAAAUUGAAGGACUUGCUUUUCGUACCGUCCCCGAUGGUGAAUCAACCAUAACAAAUGAAAAAAUACCCGAAGAUAAUCUAUCAGAUACUUCGGAUAAUAUUUAUCGUAUACCAGAUACAUCAUUAACUCAUUCAGAUGAUCAACCAUAUCAAAAUAUUGUUGAUAUGUCUGAGGAGUUAGAAAAAUUAAAACGUAAAACAACGUUUAUUAUCUCAGAACGUAAAUUAUCUGAAUGUGAAACGAAUUUAGAUUCGGAUACGACAACCGAAAAAUAUUUCGAAUGUGACACAGAAAUUUCAUCAUCGGAACGAUCAAGUUUAGAACGUGAUAUCAAAUUGAAAGAUAUAGAUGCAGAAAGUUUUGGAGAACAUUAUUCAGAAAAUUUUUUUGAAGGCUACUCAAGUAAGCGAAAUAAUUCCACAGAUGAAAUCCCACCAAAAUUAACACCAAAGAAAGCAUUUAAAACAACUUCAACAAUACCCAGUGAAUACGAUAUUCCACGCAUUACAUUUUCAUUCUUGGAAGAUAAAAAACUAAACACAGAUGAAAAUAAUUAUGAAGUAUUAAAUGUAAAACCAAUUGAAGAAAAAAAGUGUAAAUCAGAAAUUCGAAUUAUUUUAACAACACCUCCUCCGAAAAUUGAACAAAGUAAUGCAGAAAUAAUUAUUGAUAAAAUGUUUAAGGAGGCUGCUACAUCGGGAUACGAAGAUGUUAUUGUCGUAGAUUCACCAAAAAAAGCGGAUGAUAAACCGAUUUUAAAUUUCCAAAUAAGUAAAUCAAAAAGUCAUGAUAAUAUUAUUUUAUUGCGAAAUGAUAAUGUUAAUAAAACAUCACGAAAAUAUUUAACCAAAAGUUUAAUCGAUUUUACAAAAGUAUUAAAUAAAGGAAAUAAUUCAAUGACUGAAUCAUCCUCACCAAAAAUCUUACGAUCUCAAGAUAUCUAUGCGCAAGUCAAUAAAAAAUCAACGAAACGACAAUCAAUUUCAUUAGGUAAUCUACAAGCCAAUCAUGCCAAUGAUAAUAACUUUAUUACGUCACCAAUAAUCAUUGAACAGCAACAAUUGGAUAACAUUAAUCCAAUAUCAAAAUCCACAGAUGAGCUAGAAUAUUGUACAACACGAGAAAAAUUACCAAAUAAUAAAAUGUUAGUGAAACGUACAUUUUUACGUAAUCGAGCCGAACACACGUGGACUAAUUUUCGCACUCGUUUAAAUAAUAUUAUAACAAAUCAAGCGGCUGCGCAACGUGUGGGCGCUCAAAGUGAUACAGCAACAAGUUUAAUUGAUGAGUAUCCAAAAGCUGCGAAAUCAGUUGAUAAAAUGUAUAAAAAAACUAAAAAGAAGUUAACAAAUUUAUCUAAAAUUAAUGGUAAAUUAUUUGAUAAAAAACGUUUGGCUAAUAAAAAAUCAAAUUCAGAUUGUGGGGGCGAUAGUGAAACGGGUAGUAAAUUGGAAAGUGAUUGUAGUGAACGCUUACAUUUCAGUGAGAAUACGUUUGAUUCAAAUUCAACGGUGAGUGAAUCUAUUUUUCCAGGUCCACAUUCUAAUUUUGGCGAUUCAAGGUUUAUAAUUACUUUGAAAAAAGAUUCAGUUAGUUUAUCAGAUAAUGAGAAUAAAGAUUUUAGUACGCUUAAAUCAGCAUUUCGACGUAGUAAAUAUCUUACAGAGGGUCAAAAUGGAUUUGAUGAUUUACGACGAUAUAUCAAACAAGGUGGAGAUUUUUGUAAAGAAUUAUCAACAAUUUUACAAGAACGAUCUGAUGCUGAAUUACAAUAUGCGAAAAGUUUGUCAAAGUUAAGUAAUAAAUUAAGUCGAGCGUGCAGAGAAAAUAUUGGAAGUAUUAAUGAUGCCUGGAAAGCUGUUGCUAUUGAUAUGGAAACUCGAGCUGAGGUUCAUCGGCAAUUUUCAUCUUUAUUAUGUGAAGAAGUUGUCAAACCAUUACGACAUUUAACAGAAUCACAACACAAAACACGUAAAAAUACUGAAUGUCAAGUGGAUAAAUCAGCAAGAAGUUUAGCUGAUUGGCGAACAGCUGAAGCCAAAAGUAAAAAACAAUCACAUGCAUCUGCCCGUGAUAAUGAAAAAUUACAAGAUGCUUUGUUGGAUGUAAGAUUAUCGCGUAGUAGUAGUCUUAUUCAUCUUUCACAUCUUCAUGGACAUAAAGCCACAUCCGAUAAAGAAACGGCUAAACUGGAAAUAAAGAAAAGAAAAGCUGAAGAUGCUGUUAAAAAGUCUGAUAUUGAAUAUUACACGUUAUGUGUGCGUGCUGAAAGAGCACGAUUAGAAUGGGAAUCGGCUGUUUUGCGUGGAUCAGGUACUUUCCAAGCGCUUGAAGAAGAACGUUUGAAAAAUUUAAAAUCAUAUUUAAGCUCAUAUUUACACUUAUGCAAUGAAAUGGAACCACGAAUCUUGGAAAGUACAGAAAGUUUAAAAGCACCAAUCAUACAAUGCGAUCCUGGUAAAGACAUUCAUACAUUUACAAGUUUACGAAAUUCAUCCCAACACAUUGCUGAACAAUUACUCCCAGAUUUUUAUUGUGAACAUAUUACACUAGCAAUGAACAGAGAACGUCGAAAACAGGCACUGAUAAAACUUUUACAAUUGAUUCGACAAGAUUUAGAAAGAGAACGAAAAUCAAAACAAGGAUUAGAAAAUUUGUCUAGAGCUAUUAAACAGACUCCAAAUUUUGGAACAGAUGAUUCACAACAAAAUGUUAGCGAGAAAAUGUAUCAUAUUCGCUCCAUGCUGACAUACUUAGAAGGGGCACGUUAUAAAGUCCAAAAUGCUUUAGCUGAAAUUGAUAAUCGACAACGAAUUACUCAUCCACUAGCUGCACAUAUUACAAUUACCAGAGAUAAAUCAGGGCUACAACAGAGUGUACUUAAGGUUCCACCUUGGUUGCGCGAAGAAGCAAUGAAAGCAUUAGGCGGAACACAGACAAUACUUCCAUGUAGCGAGCCAUCAGAAAAUACAGAUGUAUCUGAUUGGAUUGAUCGUGGAAUGGGCGAUGGCAAUUCUAAUCAACCAGAUUCUGAUUUUGAUGAAUUCUCUUCACAAAGUAGUGAAAGUACAAAACAAGAUGGUAUAACAAUUGAAGAAAUUCGCGAAGCAAGUCCCACAGAUGAUGACGAUAAUAGUCAAUCGGCAACACCAAUAUGUCACUGUCGAGCAUUAUACGCGUACACUGCACGAUUAUCUGAUGAAUUAUCGUUGUAUCCAGGUGAUAUUUUAUCUGUAUAUCGUCAACAGCCAGAUGGAUGGUGGUUAGGUGAAUGUGCCGGCGCUGUCGGUAUAUUUCCCGCUACAUAUGUUGAACAAAUUGAGGCAACGUGACAAUUGACUUGAUGAAAUCAAUAUAUUAUUAUUAAUAUAUAUUUUUGUUUUUCUUUGAAGUAU